GAGCGACAAUCACUUUCUGCGUGAAUUAUUGGAUUAAGUUACCGAGAGUUUCUUCUCCGGGUAGCUAAGUGUUUCAAAUGGACACAGAUAGAAGACUAAUCAAAGAUCUGCUCCUAUCCCCGUGAACGAUGUGGCUGACUUAAGUAUCUCUUAAAUUAUUUCCCUUUUUCACUGCUUUCGCAAAGAACUGAAAGAAAAUUGCAACAUUUACUUUCUGCUUUUUUGGAGACAAUACUCCAUUUAUGAAAGAAGGUUAUACCCGUAAAAGACCCCACAAGAUGUAAAAAGAUUUUUGACUUGAAAUGACAGAGUUACUUGGAUUUUAACCUGUGAAGUGGAAUAGAUAGCGCAUAUCAUCAAAUCAAAUCUGGUCAUUUUGAAGAAGGUCCUUUCUGUUCUCAUAUGAAACUCUGUAUUGGUAAACUCUUUCCCAAAAGGAACAAGAUCAAGGCAUAUCAUUUGCUGACAUCCCGGAUUUUUCGUCGAUUAGAUGGUCCCUCCAUUGCUGAUCAGUCUGGGACCCUCCAAAAUAUGCGUCCCCCAGACAGAUUCCUUCAACAUGCAGUUUAUCACGUUUAAGAACUUGACAGUCAAAGGCGGCGAUAUGUGCUGUCACGGAAUUCCCUACGCUGAGUUUGAUCGAACAGGUCACUGGGGUAUCUGGAACUUCAUGCGCAUAUUUGAAGCCAGCAGACAUGCAAUAACAAUGAAAAAUGAUAUUUUUCGACUAACAUUUGAAAGCAAAGAUUACACAUUGAUGACCCGAAGACAAAAGUUCAAAUUCGGCCAAAGGUUUCACGACAAUAUAAGUUUGUUUUCCCGUUUUCUUCCUAAAGUGACUUAUGAACUGGUCGAAAUCGGCAAUUCUACCUUCACGAUACACCAACAACUUUUCGACAACCUUUCUGGAUCCAGUGAAAUAUUUGCCGAGUGUUUAACUCGAGUAGUACACGUUAAUUUAAAAACAAAACAGCAUGAGGCUUUAAACCCGGAAGUAAUCGAUCGGUACUCGGACCUUUAUCGUAAAACCUCGGCCAUAUGGCAUGUCAAAAACAUCUUUCCAGAUGACGUGAAGAAGAUGCCGUCCUAUACAAUGUCCGUUCGCGUUCCAUACAGUGACAUAGACUUCAUGCAGCGCAUGUCUCAUGCCUCAUACUGCAAAUACUACACAGACUGCGCCACCAACGCCAUUGAUGCUGGCGUUUACCGUCAUUUCGAACAGGACAUUUGCUGGUACCCGAUACUGGAGGUAGACAUUGAGUACAGAGAUGGUUUGGCGGCAGGAGAAAUGUUUGAGGUCCAGACAUGGCAGGACGAUGAAAACCUUCAACACCUAUUCUUUGAGACGCGAUCAAAAGGAGAUGUUAUCAAUAGGGCAUCGUUCGUCAUGGGACUGGAAAAGUCAAAGAAAAACAGACAUUCUAAAAUCUGAUCUCAGAUUUAUACUAAUUACAGUCAUUAGCAUUUAACAUUUUUCAACCUUCAAAAUUAAGUUAAUGAAUGCAAUUAAAACUAAUUUUGCCUAUUUACUUACAGUUUAUCAUCGAUUCUACAGAUAGAGUACUUGUUGUUUAAUUAAAUAUAUUGUUGUUAAAAUUUAUAUCAAGAGUAAUAACGAAAACUUUCAAAACAAGUGCAUCACUUGUUUCACCUACCUGGGUAUACAACUUUAAUUUUCUUUAUUGUUAAAGACAGGUUUUGCAAAAUAAUUUCUGGAAAUUUCAUGGUAGCCAAGUGAUGAAUAGAAAAAGGGACAGUCUGCCUUAUUAAGAGUACAUGGCUAUACAAUAAUCUAUAGAUACAUGUACAUGUACUUCGAAAAUGCUUCCAAAUUUUUGGAAUCAAUUUAUCUACUUAAUAUACGAGGGUUGUCCCAAAAUAAUGUAGACAGGACACAUAAUUUAUCAUUUGUUCACUGCAAUUUCAUUAGAGAUUCUAUGUUUUCUUCAAUGACCCUU